GAUGUCAGUGGAAAGACUCUACAUCCUCCUACUUCUGUACUUUAGCCGUUGUGUUGGUUUGGCUAGAUCAGUCUCAUGCUUCACUGAUGGAUGUCGACAUGGAAACGGUGGACUAAGAUGUCAGUCAUGCUACGUUGGUUGUUAUGGAACAAACUGCACCAUCCCAUGUAAUGACAACUGUUACACAGACGGGUGUAACAAAAUCACUGGGGAAAGUUUCACAUGCAAGCGAGGAUAUUAUGGACGAGACUGCAAUGUGUCCUGUCCGAGAAGAUGUUGGAGCAUCACAACGAUCUCUGCUAUCUGUGACCGUUAUACAGGUGUUUGUUCUGAAAUCUGUGAUGGAGGAUUGACUGGUCUACACUGCAAGGAUCAAGUCUGUAAUACAGAAACCGGUCAAUGUAUCUUUGGCUGUCAGGAAACUUGGACAGGAGAGUACUGCAACAGAACAUGUGAUACCUGCCUCAACACAAGAUGCAGCUGGACCGGAUAUUGUCUCUAUGGUUGCAAACAGGGUUUCUAUGGAAACAUGUGCGACAAGACUUGCCCUCGAUGUUAUACUACUGGCUGUGACAGAGGAACAGGUAUAUGUGAAUCGUGCAGUCCAGGUUAUCGAGGAAGACACUGCAACCACAACUGUUCUGAAACAUGCUACAGAGGCGGGGAUGGACACAGGCACUGUGAUCGUUACAACGGGAACUGUCUGGAGGGUUGUGAAGUAGGAUGGCACGGUCAUCGUUGUUCCACUCGGUGCAGCACCUCCUGCAACCGUCUCGUUGUUACAGUCAUGAUGGUGCCUGUGAAGAUGGUUGUAAGCCUGGUUGGCAUGGCAAACACUGCCUGA